UUACGAUUCAUCCUUACUACAUGGGAAGCCUCUUCCUCCCCCUCCUCCUCUCUUUCCCCCUCCUCCUCCCCCUACCGUCCACCUCCACAGACACUAUCAGUCCCUCCCAACUUGUAGCCACCGGCCAAACCCUCAUAUCUGCCGGAGGAACCUUCGAGCUGGGCUUCUUCAACGCCUCCUCACCAUCCAGCUCUUUCUUAGGCAUAUGGUUUCACAAAAUCCCCAUUCGCCAGAUCGUCUGGGUAGCGAACCGCCGGUCUCCAAUCACAACCGGAAAGGCCACCCUUUCUCUCUCUACAGACGGCAAUAUUCUCAUCACCGCCCCCGACGUCAACGGCGGCCGCCUAAAAAAAGUCUGGUCCUCUAACACCUCCGGCAUAAAAAUCCCAUCUUUGAAGCUUCUGGACUCGGGCAACCUCGUGCUAACCGACAGCGGAUCAAAUGCAAUUGUUUGGGAGAGCUUUUACGACCCCUCCGACGCCUUCCUCCCGCAAAUGGAACUCGGAUUAGACCUUACACGUCACCUUGAGAAGAAGCUUAUGUCCUGGAAAUCCUCCGACGACCCGUCGCCGGGCGGGUACACCUACGGCGUGCGCCGCACCGGUUCGUCGGAGCUCGUUGUCUGGAACGGCUCAAACAUCGAGUACCGCACCGGGCCAUGGACCGGAUCUUCAUGGAGCGGCAUUCCUCAGAUGAACUCGGAUCUCCACUUCAUCUUCACCUUUGUCGUUCAACCCCACGAAAUUUACUACACGUACGAAUCGGUCAAUAAGUCUGUAAUGACUUUGAUAACCCUCGACCCCAACGGCGGUUUACAACGGCUGGUUUGGCUGGGCGGAGAAUGGAGGCAGUACUGGCGGCUGCCUGAGGACAAGUGCGACGGGUAUGGCACGUGCGGGUCGUUCGGGAUAUGCAACGUGUACUACCCCGAAGGGGUUUGCAAGUGUUUACCGGGGUUUGAGCCGUCGUCGACGUUGGAUUGGGCCUUGAGGGAUUACUCAGGCGGCUGUAAGAGGAAAACGGCGUUGAAUUGUUCAGGAGGAGGAGGUGAUGGGUUCGUGAAGGUGAGCGGGGUGAAGCCGCCGGACACGGAGAACGUCACGGUGAUCGCCGGAAAGGGAACCGACGAUUGUGGUGCUUUGUGUUUGAGAGAAUGCCAGUGUAUGGCUUAUGUUGUGCUUGGUGGGAAUUGUUUGUGGUGGGCUGCUCAGCUAAUGGACAUCAAGGAGUUUGCUUCCUGGACCGGAGGAGGCGUCGAUAUCUAUCUCCGACUAGCUGCUGCUGAUUUGGAUUCAUCAGAAAAUGCCUCAAGCAAGAGGAAGCAUAUAGUUGCUAUAGUCAUCCCAUUGGUGCUAGCUUUACUCCUAUCCUCUACCUUUGGGAUAUAUAUAUUAAGGAAGAAAAGAAGGCGGGGCGUAGGAGAUGUUUAUUUCAAGGAGAGCCGAGGAAAAGAGAUGGAACUUCCCGCAUUUGAUAUGUCUGCAAUUGAGAAUGCUACAAAUAAUUACUCUGAUGAAAAUAAGCUUGGAGAGGGAGGGUUUGGCCCUGUUUAUAAGGGUCGUUUAGAAGAUGGGCAAGAAAUUGCUGUCAAGAGAUUAUCUAGAUAUUCUGUUCAAGGUUUGGAUGAGUUCAUGAAUGAAGUAAUGUUGAUAGCAAAACUUCAACACAGGAAUCUGGUUCGUCUCCUUGGCUGCUGCAUCCAGGGAGAGGAAAGAUUGUUGAUUUAUGAGUACAUGCCCAACAAAAGCUUGGAUUUAUUCAUAUUCGAUAAAGCAAGCAGCUGUCAGCUGGAUUGGAAAAAAAGAUUUGAGAUAAUUCUUGGAAUAGCACGCGGACUUCUCUAUCUUCAUCAAGAUUCUAGAUUGAAAAUAGUUCACCGAGAUCUCAAGGUUAGCAAUGUUCUUCUUGAUAAGGAGAUGAAUCCCAAAAUUUCAGAUUUUGGCAUGGCAAGGAUUGUAAGAGGUGACCAAAUGCAAGAAAGCACCGAGAAAGUGGUUGGCACAUACGGAUACAUGUCGCCCGAGUAUGCAAUGCACGGCAUCUUUUCAGUAAAAUCUGAUGUCUAUAGCUUUGGUGUUAUUGUUCUUGAAAUCCUUACUGGUAAGAAGAAUAGAGUGUUUGAAUCAAAUGACAGCCAUGUGAGCCUAGUAGGGCACGCCUGGAGACUAUGGUCGGAAAAUAGAUCCCUGGAGUUGGUGGACGAUGCGCUGAAGUGUGACUAUCCUGAGAUAGAAGUUCUGCGAUGCAUGCAAGUUGGGCUCCUUUGUGUGCAAGAAGGGAGCGAAGCUAGGCCUACAAUGGCUUCAGUGGUUUUGAUGUUGGGCAGUGAGAGCAUGACACUGCCUCAGCCAAUGAGGCCUGGCUUCUAUCCCAAGGAUGGUUCUAAAGUAGCAGAACUGUCCACGUCUGACCAUGUUUAUAGUUCAGGAAAUGAGAUCUCUCUUACAAUGAUGUGUGGUAGAUGAAGAAGUUGAACCCGAAUCUUUUAAUAGCCUUGGUGUUAUAAAUGACUGGUAGUGUAUAUUUCAAGAUGAUGAUAGAACCGGCUUUGUUGGGACUGCGAAGUUUUUCUGAAAAGAGCAGGAGAAGAGUGGAACGAAGUAUGUGAUAUUUUUUUCGUAGCCACUGUAUAUUUCAAGAUUAUUUGAUAGAACGGCUGCUGUGCGCUACUUCUUCACAGAGGUUUUCUUUUAUGGCUUAUGGCUCUUUUGUUCAGUGUUUUUCUGAUAUAUUAUGCUAAGUUAAUAACGUUGACUUUGGUUUGAUUUGCAGUGAACUCCUGAUGGACAUGUAAUUACAGAUUUUUUUUUAUUUAUGGAAAGAAAAGUAAGUUUGAUAGCUGCAAUCUUGCAGAUUAAAUAGGAACAUUAUAACCAUGCUAGA